AUGAAUCUCUUCUUGUGGUCAUUGUCCUUUGGGACUGUCCUUUCUGCUGCUACUUGUGACAACAGUUCUGGCCAAACAGCAUGUGGUACAACAUGCUGUUCCAGUAACCAAUAUUGCGAAUCUGCCGGACAAUGCCAAGCUAUAUCUUCAAUAGCGACGACGCCUACAUCAACUGUGGAAAACCCAGCAGGAUUUACGACAAGUAUUAAUAUAAAUGUUCAACGUAAGGUCUUGAGAUUCGUUUGCAGUGUCAAAUUUCCCGGAGCAAUUCUAAUUGCCAUAACGCCUCAUUUGUUUUCGUUCCUGCGCUUCAUCCCCAACGCUGAAUUAUGGGAUCUAUUCGUCGGUCCAGUAGAAACCGCAGCAACCAGGACAACCGUCUCCGCCACUCCCGUAGCAACAUCCGAACUCAUUCCUCCACCUCCGCUCUACUACCCAUCUUUCCUAACCGGUGCUCAAGUACCCUUAGUUGCAAAGAAUGAAUCCUGGAAAUUUCCUUCAGGAUUUUGGUGGGGUGUAGCAUCUGCAGCAUAUCAAGUUGAGGGUGCUGCUGCUGAUGAAGGUAGAGGUCCUAGUGUUUGGGAUGUAUUUACACACAAUGCUGCUUCAAAGUCGACUUUGUUUGGCGAUACCGGAGAUGUUGCAGACAAUCAAUAUUACUUAUAUAAACAAGAUAUUGCAAGAAUCGCAGCUCUUGGUUGGGAUCUUCCCCUAUUCCUGCAAAAUAGCUAUGGUGGCUGGCUUUCCCCAGACGUCGUCGAUGAUUACGUUGCCUACGCCAAGAUCAUAUUUUCCCGCUAUGGCAAGAAAGUAUCUCGCUGGUUCACAAUGAACGAACCUCUAACGUUCUGCGACGAAUAUCCUUAUGCAUCCAACUAUUUUACCGCAGUCACUAUCCCUGAACAACAACAACCAUACUACUGCGGUCACCAUGUUUUACUCGCUCAUGCAAAAGCCUAUCGUCUUUUCAAAUCCAUGGGACUGAAUGGAACAGUAAGUUUUAAAAACAACGGCGGCUAUAAAGUCCCAUUGACAGGUUCAUCGGAAGAUGCCGUGGCCGUGCAAAGAGCUUGGGAUUUCAAUGAAGGAUGGUGGGCAAAUCCGGUUUUCAUCAAUGGAGACUAUCCAACUCAUUUGAAAUCCUAUCUGGAUACCAUUGGACUUACUUUUAACGAAACUGAAAAGGCUUUGAUUAAUGGAACAGCUGAUUUCUUCGCUCAUGAUGCAUAUAGCGCAAGCUAUUACAUGGCCCCUGAUUCAGGAACAGAUGCAUGUACAUCUAACUCUUCACACCCGUUAUAUCCCGGGUGUUAUAACACUACAAACACCGGAUAUAAUGGGUGGUUAAUUGGACCUGCAUCGGAUCCGUUGUCGGAAUGGUUGCAUGAUGCUGUGGAUUGGCUCCCAGCGUUCCUGAAGUAUAUGCAGGAUACUUGGCCAAGUAAGGGUGGAAUUGCUAUCACAGAAUUUGGUUUCGCCGAGCCGUUUGAAUAUCAAAAAACCCUCCUCGCCGAUAUUCGUACGGAUGUCAGGAGAACCCUAUAUUACAAACAAUAUAUGGAAGCUGUAUUAAUGGCUAUUAGCGAAGGAAUUAAUGUGAUAGGGUGUAUAGCUUGGAGUCUUAUGGAUAAUUUGGAAUGGGCUCAGGGCUACCACGUCAAAUUCGGAAUGCAAUAUGUAAACUUUACUACUGGCGAACGAUCUUACAAAGCAAGCUUCUUUGAGUAUGUCAACGCGUUCAAAUUAUAUGCGGAGGAUCCGGUUGUUCCGGUUUAUGUUAAAUAG